CCAGACGCAAUGCAUAUCUUAGUUGUCAACGAUGACGGUCCGCCGUCCAACCAGUCCUCCCCAUACAUCCAUUCCCUCGUCCAAUCGCUGCAAUCCGCCGGACACACCGUGUCGGUCGUUCUGCCGCACCAGCAACGAUCCUGGAUCGGUAAAGCCCACCUGAUUGGGGCCGCCGUGAAGCCGACUUAUUUCCGUCCGGGCACUCUUCACCAGGACGAUGGAACUACCCACGAAUUCCCCCAUGGCAUGAACGAGGGCGACGAUGAAAACUACGAUGGAGAUGAAUGGAUUCUGGUCAACUCCACGCCCGCCAGCUGUGUCCAGAUCGGCCUGUACCACUACUUCCAGGAUCGGGGUCCGGUUGACCUCGUGGUGUCCGGUCCCAACUAUGGCCGCAAUACAACGGCGCUGUUCGCCAUGUCGAGUGGCACCAUCGGUGGUGCGAUGGAGGCGGCUGUCUGCGGGAAACAUGCGAUUGCCCUCUCCUACGCCUUUAGCUCCCGCGACCAUGACCCCAUUGUCAUCGCCGAGGCAUCCCGCCAUUCCGUUCGGUUGAUCGAGUACCUCCACCAGAAUUGGACGGACGGUGUGGAUCUGUAUACCGUCAAUGUCCCGCUCGAGCCCGGUGUGAGUGAGAGCAAGGUGUUGUACACCAACAUGCUCGAUAACCGGUGGUCGUCAGGCAGCUGCUUCCGCGCGGUCGAUGCCUCUGCAUCAACCGCUACGCCAGAGCAGCAGGAGCAUGAUGUCCGACACCAGACUGUGGAUGGAGCCGCUUCGGUGAAGAGGUCUCGCAUUCCUCACAAGCACUUUGAAUGGUCGCCAAACUUCACGGAUGUGUAUAGAAGUGUUGACGAGAGUGCGCCUGGAAACGACGGUUGGACGGUGAAGGAGGGAAUGACCAGUGUUACGCCGUUGAAGGCCAAUUUCAUGCAUACACCCGGCAUCCAAGGGGAGAUUACGCUACCGGAUAAUAAUACUGAGCCUACAUUCUAUACUCUUGUGGACAGCGACGACUCUUAUGUCCAAAGUCUGAUGGAGCGGGCGCUCCAGCAACGUCUUGGAAAUGGUCAAUGUCGAGCAAUCUCCUCUCUGUCCGACCUUCCCUCUCGCACCACGCCGGUCUUCCAGUAUCGUGAAUACGAACGCCUGGAGUUCGAACACGUCAUGGUGCACUCUUCGACCUCUCUCGCCAACGCCUACAUCAUCCGCAAAGCGCUGAUCCGCAAGCACUACCUCUCCAACACCGUCACCAACUGGGUCACCAAACACCCGGAGAGCGUCCUGGCCAAGCACUUCAAAUUCGCCUUCGACUUCGAGCUCGACUACGCCGAAUUCCUCGACGACGCCCUCCUUGAGGCCUACGAACUCCGCGACAGCCUCGACAAGAACGAGACCCGACCCGACGAAGAAAAAGAAUGGUGGAUCCUGAAGCCCGGCAUGAGCGACCGCGGCCAAGGCAUCCGCCUCUUCAACAGCGAAGACGGACUCCGCGAGAUCUUCGAAGAAUGGGAAGUGGACGACUCCGACGACGAGAGCGGCUCCGAGCGACCAGAACCCGAAAACAACCCCGACGACGACGACGACAACAACAACAACAACAACAACGGCGUAGUGACCUCCCAACUCCGCCACUUCAUCGCACAACCCUACAUCGACCCACCCCUCCUCAUCCCCUCCUCGCACAACCGCAAAUUCCACAUCCGCACCUACGUCCUCGCCGUCGGCUCCCUCAAAGUCUACGUCUUCAAGGAAAUGCUCGCCCUCUUCGCCGCCAAACCCUACUGUCCCCCUUACGAAGACGAAGACGAAGUCAAAGAUCUCGCCCGCCACCUCACCAACACCUGUUUCCAAGACGGCGGCAGCUCCAACAAAGACAGCGUCCGUCGCUUCUGGCAACUCGAAGACUAUGUCCCCGGUCUUACCUGCCACUGGAAACAGAAUGUCUUCGACCAGAUCUGCGCCGUCACGGGGGAGAUUUUCGAGGCCGCGGCCCGGGGCAUGAUGGUGCAUUUCCAGACCUUGCCGAAUGCGUUCGAGCUCUUCGGGGUCGAUUUCCUUGUCGAUAAGGCUGGAAACGCGUGGUUGUUGGAGUUGAAUGCGUAUCCGGAUUUCGCGCAAACCGGGGAGGAUCUGAAGGAGGCGGUCGUGGGUAGGUUGUUUGAGGAGACGGUGGAUGUGGCUGUGAAGCCGUUCUUUGGGCUGGGGGGGAAGGAGUCCAAGGGGACGGAGAUGAUGAAGUUGGUGGCGGAUUUGGAUCUGGGGAGGAAGAAUUAGGUAACUGUGAUGGGUAGGAUGGGGUAGAGGGCGUUUUGGGGAUAUUUGUUUGUUAGACAGUAGAGAUGACUAAAAGUUGGAGUUGGUUGGAAGGUGGGGGAAUAUGGAAAAGAAAAAUGGUUACUAUUUCAUACAAUACAAC